AUGGAGUCCCCUCACCACAUGGGCAUCCGGGAGCUCAAUGUGAGCAACUGGCACGCUCACAACGGGCUGAACACGUUCAACCACGCCGUCCCGGCCAUCAAAUCAAGCGCAGCCUUCUUCACCUUCCUCCGCGCAAACCUGGUCCUCAACCCUUCAGCCAUGUCUUCAAACCCGAGCACCCCCGUGCUCCAGCCCACAUUCGGCGGCGCCUCACCACCAUCCCGCACCUCCUCUCACUCUCACAAACACCGGCCCUCCUCCCCCUCCCCCCUCGCAAACUCUCAAUCCCUCGACCCAGUCGACGACGGCGACAUCCCGCCUCUCUCCCUCGAGAUCCUCUCCUCCCGCGACGACAAGGCCGCCGCCCUGCACCUCAUCGCAGACUCCAUCGCCCAACAACGCCAAUCCGCCUCCUUCGCCCUCGUAACCCACCCGGUGCCCCUCGCCGCCCUCCUCCUCGCCCUCGCCGCCGCCUACCAGUUCGCCUACGCCCCCGCCACCGGCGACCUCGGCACCACCCUCACCCUCUGCUCCGGCAUCAUCAUGACCUACCUCCUGAGCAUCCGCUACCUGACGUCGGGCUACAUCCCCCUCGCGGAGUCCGUCUCCUGGUCCUUCCUCCGGCCCUCCGCCACCUCCACCUCCCCCUCCGAGGAAGACCUCGUUCUGGGAACCCGCUUCGGCGGCGAGAUCAUCGCCGCCCUCGUCCUCCGCCUCGAACCCCCCGUCCCCGUCGCCGUCUCCGGCGCCACGGGACGCCGCCGCAACAAGGCCUCCUUCCGCGGCGGCAAGGGCCUCAUCCGCGCCUGGACCACCAGGCUGCGCUUCCGCGGCAAGGGCGUCGGCACCGACCUCCUCCACGAGGCCGUCCGCAUCACCCGCGAGCGCUGCGGCCGCGACGCUGAGGUCGGCUUCGCCAUGGAGCACGCCAACAGCCAGAUGGUCCUGCCCGAGUUCUUCAACGGCGUCUUCCGGAAGAGGGAGAGGUGGGCUGCCAAGACGCUCGACGGCGUGUUGGCCGAGAGGGAGAUGAGCAAGAAGAAGAGGUGA